GGUCGAUCCAGCCAAUUGUCACCCCGUCGAUUACCUUAAAACAUGGACCCAACGUGCCCGACGCCGACGCCCGUCCAUAGUGCCAUGUUCACAGGUAUUCAGGUGAGCGGGUCGCUCAACUCUUGGCAGUUCGACCCACGAUGGCGGUACGCCAAUUGGUGUCAGACUGCUCCCCUAUUCUCCGUGGAUGAGCAGUGUGUCGUUGACAGUCGACUUGGCCUCUUUCCUCCUGGCUACGGCGCCAAGCUUGCUCGACAAAAGAAGACAUAAGCCCAAGAACGACGAGCCGUCUCACAAACCAUGCCAUCGCAUCAUGGCCGACCCCGCCUGUCCACGGGAUCCCGCACUGGCACGGUGUGUUCGCUGCAGACCAUUCCCAAGGACUCGAGAAUCAGCCAAACCUGAGAAUUUGCCGCUUCAAAGCCCAGCCAGACGAAAGCUGGGCAUUCUUGGCUGCAGAUACCAAGCACCUUCAGCCUGUAUCCCCCAUCCUGUCCACCUUGCGCCCGCCGCUUCGCCGUUCAAUGAGGCUGUGCAAGCAAUGCCAAGACCUGCGAGGAUGGGUAGUUUCGCCCUGGCUUCAACUCUCGCCGGUCCAGGGGGGAACCACAUCGCCAGCGCUUUACAAUCAAUCAGAGGAGAAGCAAUCAAAACGAGGCCUUUAACAAGUCUUGGCAUUGCUCCUUUCACAUUGUUUGGCCGCCACAUGUAUUUUAUUUGCGCGAUUUGUGAGUUUGUUUAGUCCGUCUCGAAGUCGCUUGAGUCUUACCACAUCCUCGUCCAUCACCAGGUUGACUUUCACUCCCUCUACCCGAAUCGGUCA